CCUCGAGCGACCACAGACGAUGUAUGAAAACAAAUGUUGCGAUAUAAGAAAUUCUACAACGCUCUUGGUGAUCAACGAGAAUGGCUUACGGAAAAGGAAAAGAGCACGUUAAAAAUAUGCUGGAUUUGAAGUCGCUUAACGAGAAUGGCUUAAGGAAAUGAGCACGUUUUCACUAAGUUUCUGUGUAUCGGCUGAAGUGCGCUUUCUUACUUCAAGUAGUGAAUACUGUUCGAGAUGAUGGGACUUUUCAGAAAUCGAAUAAUAAUCAAUUCUAUUGGACUGGGGAAGCUUGGCCCAGAAACUGUGAACUAAGCGCGAGCAUGGUUGAGCUAAGGAUUGAGAAUCACUUAGGGAAGAGAGCACGUUCUUGAUAGGCUAAAUCGCUAACGCAACACGCGCACCCUCUGGAUGUGACGAUCCCAUUUUUGCCAGAGUCGUGACAAUAUUCAAGUAAGGAGUUGGAUUGUCGCAGUUGUACAGCAUCGGGCACGCAAAUAUUUAUCGAGUACAACAUCGGAACCAACCGGCGGCGAGCUGUGAACUGUACUACCCGUCGAGUGGACGAGAAGCGCCGACCUCCUUGGCGUUUUGACAUGGCAAGGACAAGGCUUGGAUAGCCUACUGUGUGCCAAACUUUCUGCGGCGCGUCAACAAAGCCACAUCUUCUAGCAGCUCCUGAGGAAGAGCAUGAUACCAAGUCGUGCGUACACAACGCAGCACGACUAGUACAAGAAGAGCAAGAUGACAGCAGCUUCUUCUUCAUCUACACAUCUCUCUUCUGACUGGGGAGCUCGGUUGGAGGUCGUGCAGAAGGUGAGGAAGGAUAGUCAGCGUCUCAGAGAUCGCGCGGAGAGUAACUUUCAGGAGCAAUUACGUCUCAAAGAUGCGGAAAUAUCGGAUCUGGUACAUCAGAAUAAUUAUGACAUGAGAUCAUGACCGUGACUGGCACUGGUAGUUAUUAUGUGUGAUUGCUCUACUUAAGGCUCAGCUUUCAAUGGUCAUUGGGGUUGGUCACUGAGAUCCCUCUUGAGAGAACAGGGGAAAAUGAAGGAAAAGCGAAGGGAGAGGCAUGGGGCCCAUUUCUUUCAGAGUCGGUGACCAUUGAAUGCUGAGCUUUAAUCUACUGUCCUCUCUGUCAAGAAGUAUGUUGUAAGCAUCUGUUCCGAGCAGACUGUUCGGUUGUCCGAUAAUAAACUUGAAGCACUUGUUCUCUCUCUAAAUCAAAGAGCUUUCGCGACGUGUAAAACAGCUAGAGGAGCAGUUGGAGGAUGCCAUGGCAACUGGAGGCGGAAGCGGCAGCUCAAAACAUGCAAACGCCACUAUACAACACCAAAGUACAACAUCGUCAUCGUCAACUCGCAAAUUUGGCGGUGGAGGUGCGACGAGAAUUUUGCAAAAACAAAAUUCGGGAUCUCGAACAAUAGGACAUGGGGGCCAGCAGCAACAACAUCAAUAUCAGAGCCAGUAUUCCACAGCGGCAGGGAAUUUAAGGGUAGGCCAAAGGUGCUUUGAUCCCGUUUGUUAGGGCUCUCCUAAGGGGGACGGCCAUAACAAACGGGAGAAACGGACACGAAAAACCUACCUCUAAGUAAUCAUAAUGACCAGCACAACAACCACCAGAACUACCAUCAUCAACAGCGUUCGCAUUUACUGCUUCAUCAUGACGACGAGGAGGAAACACGGACGGGCGGAGCUGGUGUUCAGUCGUUAUCGUCGUAUCACCAUGGUGUGAGUCAUAGUACAAGUAGCUACGAACAUAGGUAUCCGCAACCGCAGUUUGUGCGUGGAAAUAGCCCAAGAAGAGCUGGGUACCAUAAUUCGAGUUCAUCAACUUCAACUUCAACAGCAGCUGGUGGUCAUCACACUACUGGUAGCUCCGCUCCAACAGGUCCAGCACAGCAUCAACAUGGUACAACUACAGCAACAACCUCUUCGACUACCGUGUUUGCCCCGCCUCAACGAAGUCAGAGUCCGGCACGAAGAGUCGAACACCAACUAGUACAAGAGAAGUUGGAGGUGCAGAAGAUGCAACGAGAAAAAAUGGAUGCAGAACGAGCAUUGAGGGAUCAAAGACAAGCUACUGCGGAUGUGAAGAUUAAGGCUCGUUUUUCACUAUCCCGUACUACCCGUUUGAUACUUGUAGUUUCUUUUCCGUGUGGAAUGUGCUAACUGAGCGGCGUCCCCCCCGUCACUUUAAAGGGUAAAGCAAGGGGGACGCGGGGCAUCUCACUCACACUCAACCAGUGAUGGUGAAAAACUAGCGUUAAGAAAAAGGAAAUGACAGCCUUACGGAAAGCUUUAGAGGCAGAACGGCGAGAAAAAUUGCGGUACUUCUCAGAAGUAAAGAAAAUGAAAACAAAUCCUAACGUGAAACACCUUUCGAGCAACCAGCAGGGAGGCCAAUCUCAUCAUCAACAGCAUGCUGGUAUCGGACAACAUUAUCAGCAUGGUAGUGGUGCUGGAGCUUCUUCUUCUUCAACCGCAGUUGGAAACGAGCGAUCUAGUCAUUCCCAGUUACUGCACCAUGGUGCAUCUUCCACUAGUGGGACGAGUGCCCAUGGCGCAUCUUCCUCUGGUGGAGGCGGAGGAAGUCACGGCGUAGUACACGGGAAACAAGUAACGCCGAGAAAUCGGUCGAUAGAAGUGAUGAACUCGACGUCUACCUCAGGAGGAGGCGGAGGAGCGUAUGCCCCUGGAGGAGCGACGUCGUCAUCUAUGAUGCGAAGAAAUAGUGGUGCAGGUACAUCAGUGGGCCAUGCGGCCAUGGCCGCAUCUGCAGCAGGUCUUGAUCCCAAUUCUUCCUACCAACAACCACAUUUAGCAGAUGUUCUUGCUGCCCCUUCGCUGACACGAUUUGGCGCUCGAUCACCUACAACAACUACAAGCCAAGAAGGGUAUCCCCAACAGAAAAGAGUGUUGAUAAGAGGGAAAACUGCACGAUUACCAGGUAGAGGCGGACCAGGCAGCUUAACGAACGCUUAUAGAAGACCGGAGUCGCCUGCUCGAGGGACCAGUCCGCGGUUUGGACAUCCAACGGGGGUACUUGCAGUUUUUAUAAUUACACGAUGCAGAUCCAGAUUGAGCAAUUUAGUUGAUGUCAUUCUCAUUUCAGGAUGAAAUUUUUUAUGUCUGUACCAGAAGUAGCAGUAACUGUGAGUUCUCUUUCAGUGGAUGCUGAAGACGCAUUAGCAUGGCUGAAAAGUUGUACUACACAUAUCUCGUCACGGCGCCUCUUACUAUCAGGUAAAAAACGCGGCUUCCUCCGGCUCGGCUCCUGUGAUGUCGACGUACUACGCUACCCCAAAUAUGAACAGAUGACAUGACCACGCAAUCAGCGCCACUCUUCCCUCGUCCCAGCAGAUAUUUUCAUCUUUCACAUUGACGCGAACAUGAAAAAGAUGAAUGCUGUAGUUUUUACUACAACAUCGGUACUCCUGUAAGUAGAGGACUCGGUGGACUAGGAGCAAUCAACAUCAUAAAGUAGACGCAACGCGAGUCUGGCUGACAUGAAUCUUUUUUUGGAAAAAAUCAGAGGCAACAGGAGUGGAGCGAAAACCAGAUGAAGAAGCAAUUGCUGAUCC